AUGGGCAUCGUUACCCUGAUCGGCAUGCCUGGCCUCGGGAAAACGACCCUGGCUUCGAAGGCUUACAACAACGAGGAAAUCCAACGGGAGUUCCCCACCCGAAUAUGGGCCUCCGUCUCCCGAGAGUUCAACCCGAGAACCGUCUUUCUCGUCAUCCUCCAUGAAUUCACGAGCAAAGACAUGUCAGCCGAGACAACCUCUGACCUGGCCAAAGCCAUUCGUGCCUCUUUACAAGAUAAGAGGUUCCUUUUGGUCCUGGAUGAUGUAUGGACAGCCAAUGCAAUGUCUACAAUCAAGUCUGCUUUGCCAACGGACAACCCGAAAGGUCAAGUCCUCGUCACCACCCAUCAUGUCCUCGUCACUAAACAGGUGAUGUCUUCCAAAGCUUCGUAUUCUAUUCAAGCACCCCAACGACUCCGUUUGUUGACAAACGACGAAGGUUGGAGACUUCUUCAGUUAAAAGUAUUCGGGAAGGUCGAGGGGGGGCAGUGUCCUCCGCAGCUGCAAGGGCUGGGGAGGCAUAUAAGCCAACUAUGCCGAGGAAUACCGAUGCUUUUGUUGAUGAUAGCAGGGAUUCUUAUGGACUACGUCUCGGUAGCAAAAACGAGCGUUGCCAUAGUGAAGUCGUGGAUAGAGCUAUCUCAGAGCCUGGACAAGUACACGCGCGGUGGGUCGGAUGUUUUUAGGAGCGUUUUGGAAUUGAGUUAUGAUAGGAUGUGUGACGAGUUGAGGGACUGCUUUCUUUAUUUGGGGGUGUUCCGGGAAGAUUACGAGAUCCCGGCUUGGACAUUGACUCGGCUGUGGAUUUCCGAGGGGUUCGUUCGGCCGAGGCAGGGACAGAGCUUGGAGGAGAGAGCAAACGAGAACCUAAAUGAUCUCAUCGACCGCAAUAUAGUCAUCGUCGAUAAACUUAAAAGCAACGGUGGGGUCAAGACGUGCCGAAUUCACGACACAGUGCACGACUUCUGUAGAGCGGUGUCGAAGGAGAAAGAGCAUCUCUUCCAAGUAUUGAGAAAAAAAAAUGGCGACCAAACUUUUGUCCAAAAUACGAACAAUCAGCACCGCCGCAUUUGCAUUCAUUCUAAUGUCUUGGAGGCAAAAUUAUAUAUUAUAUUCAAAAUUUAUAAAAUAUAA